UUCGCUAAAAGUUGUCAAAACGUAAAGAUAUCAAGAAUCAAGAACCAAUAUCAAUACAAACAACAUGCCUAAUAUACGUCCUUUACCACCUUGCCUGCAAAAAGUCGCUAUUGAGGAAUUAAAUGAAGAUCCUAGUCGUAUCGAAGCCGAUCUGCAAACAUUAAAAACCUGGAUAGAACAACAGCCCCAUUUGAAGGCUCGCACAGAUGAUCAAUUUCUGGUGGCAUUUCUACGGGGCUGUAAAUAUAGUUUGGAGAAGACUAAAUCGAAAAUUGAUAAAUACUAUAUGCUAAGAUCGAAAUAUCCCGAAAUGUUUGCCUUAAGAGAUGUGGAUGAAGUCAAAAUCAGGGAAAUUCUUAAAAUGGGUUUUGGUGUAGUAUUACCCACACCCUUAAAUGAAACUGGACCCAGAAUAAUGCUAGUACGUAAUGGUAUUUAUGAUCCUCAUAAAUAUGAUUUUAUGGAUAUAAUGCGUGUGGGUCAGGCUUUUAAUGAAAUACUCAUGUGGGAAGAUGACUAUGCCAUUGUUAAUGGUUUUGUACAUAUAGCCGAUUUAAAAGAUUGGUCCAAAGAACAUUUCUUUCAAGCGACACCCAGUGUUAUGAAAAAGAUCACAGUAUAUUCUGAGGAAGCUAUGCCUUUAAGGCCCAAAGCUUCACACAUAAUAAAUGCUCCUUCUAUUUUUGAGUCCGUAUUUAAUAUAUUCAAACCUAUGAUGUCGGAGAAACAACUGAAUAGAAUGACCAUUUAUGGUUCGAAUAUUGAGAAAAUGUAUGAAAAGAUUCCCUUGAAAUAUUUACCCAAAGAAUAUGGUGGUGAAAACGGUUCUAUACCGGAAAUUCUUGCCGAAUGGGAACAGAAAUUUUUAUCCUAUAGAGAUUAUUUCAUAGAGGAUGCUAAAUAUGGUACAGAUGAACAAUUGAGACCGGGUAAACCUAUCGAUUUCGAUAAUCUAUUUGGUAUGGAGGGUUCGUUUAGGAAAUUAAAUGUGGACUGAAUAAAAUGUGAAAUUUGAAAAUUGUUUAACGAA